AUGGCAUUGGCAGCUCAACUCGCAGCUUUGCAUAACACAAUGAAGGAUUUGGUCAUGGUUAUGGAAGAAUCCAAGCAACCAGCACCUACUCCAAUAGUUGCUAUAGCACCUAUAUGCUCACUUUGCUAUGGUGCUCAUGCCUUUGAAGAAUGCCCCAGCAACCCAGCAUAUGUUCUUUAUGUGGGAGACUUCAACUACAAUUAUAUCAACCACAACCAAUUUGAUCAGCAAGGAUGGCAGAACCAAGAAUGUAAUUUUGCCCAAAAUCAAGGCCAAAAUUACCAAUACCAGCAGCCUUAUCAUGGAUGGCAUCAGUCAUUUGAAGCAGAAGAGCCUUUUUCACCUUGUUUUAUGUUUCCUCCUUUUGUUGAACAGCUAGAACAACAUGUUGCAGAAGCUCAACCUCCAAAUGAGCAGUGGAUGAAUCAAAUGCUAGAAAACCAUGAAGUUAUGCUUCAAAGUCAUGGAGCUAUCUUGAAGAGCCUUGAGAUACAAAUGGGGCAGAUUGCUUCUGCCCUUAGUUGUAGACCUUUGGAGACACUACCAAGUGACACAGAAAUACCUAAAAGGGAUGGAAAAGAAGUGUGCAAAGCCCUCCACUUGAGGAAUGGGCAGCAAGUGGAUAACAUUGUUACAGCCCAACCAUCAACCACUCAAUCCUCACCUCAAGACAAAGAUGAUGAGAAGGAAACUACAACUGAACCAGUGUGGGCAGCAUUGAAAUCAAACGAAUCAGACAAGCUAAUGCAAAACAUUGAAGUUCAUCAACCUAUAUCAAGGGCAAUACAGAUCUCAUUUCCUCAGAGACUCCAAGAGCAGCAACAAGAGCACUAUCUCUCCAACAAUUUUUCAUCCAAGCUGAAAUAUCCAGGUUCUUCUUUAAUUUCAUGUGCAAUAGAAGAAACGAAUAUUGUCCCUGAUGGAAAAAUAGAGAACAAAUUAGUGAAAGUUUAUAGGUUUAUUUUUCCAACAGAUUUCAUGAUAGUUGAUUUUGAAGCUGACAAGGAUGUGCCCAUUAUAUUGGAUAGGCCAUUCUUAGUUAAAGAGGAUGCUAUAAUUGAUGUUGAAAAAGGAAAAUUGACCAUGAGAGUUAAUGAGGAAAAGAUGACUUUUAAUGACUAUUCUGCUAUUUCAUUUUAUGAUCAUUUGGUUGCUCACAACUUGCUUUUAAAUAGUGAAAUUAGCAAUUUAGAAAUGGGCAGCCUCAAACAUGUGGAGGAAAAGCAAAAUGAAAGUGAACUUGUGUCAGCCUUUGUGUCCCCACCACCCAAAUUCUUUGGAGACAAGAAAUUUGAACCAUUAAAAUUUCUUGAGAAAAAUCUGAGCUACAGCUUCUUAUAUCAACUGAGAAGACUUAGUCUAACCAUGAAGGAAAUAAUGCAAAAGAAAAUAAUCAAAUGGUUAGAUACAGGGAAAAUUAUUCUAAAUUUGAAGAUAAGAAUCAAAUUAUUUCCAAUCAAGUUUAGAUGGUUAAAACGUUGCUGGAGCAGGCAUGAGGAUAAAGAAAAGAAUUUUGUUUCUUUACUAGAUGCUGGAUGA